AUGGCGCUGGGCGGUCAGAGGAAUGUUGCCGCAGCAACAAGCUGAAGGGAUUUAAUUAAUCUUCCAGCCGGCGAGUUCCUGUUCCCUCCACGGACUGAAUACUUCAGGUUCUGAAGCCAACAUGAGCCCGGCAGACCCGGUCAGAGCCCGGUAACCGUGUGGUGUCCCUCCCGUUAAGAUGGUAGCCGGAUCCUCGGAGAACAACAGAAGCUGCUGCGGAGUUCGGCCCACCGAGCCGGAGGAUCUUACGGCCGGAGCCGAGGCGUCUGUGGCGGACUGAGCGGGUCAUGGAGACGCAGAAGGACAACGGAGGCUGUUCUGUGGAUGUGAACGAAAACGAAGAUGAACCGGUGGGUGUGGAGGAGAAACCGGGUCCCCGGACCCUGAAGGAGCGCAGCCUGCUGGCCGGGGUCAGCGGGGGUCAGGCGGCGGGCUGGACCCGGGAUCCGGUGGAUUUCAACGGGAGGAACGCAGCCAGACACCCGGAGAUCAUGCUGGUCGCUGCGGAGGACGGGUACCGGUCCGGCCCGGUGGUGCUGGGCGGUGUGAACGGGUUCUCCCUGGAAGCGAGAGGUCCAGCUGCGCUCCAGGAGGAUGGAGACGCUUCUCCCCCACGGGACCAGCGCUCCUGUCCGGGGAGGCCGAACCGGACCCCCGCGGGGGUCAACCUGUCCAACGGGGUGGCCGGCAGAGCGGAGGCGGCGGUCCGGGGUCUGGGUCAGAACCUGGGUCAGAACCCGGGUCAGAACCCGGGUCAGAACCCGGGUCAGUGUGAUCUGAGCCGGGAGGAGCUGAAAGUAGCUAACGGUGGUUUGCACAUGAUUGGCCCCGGUUCUGAGUGGCCCGGUUCCGAUUACUUCCCUGUAAACAGACACUCUGACCCGGGCUGUUGGCAGCGCCGCGACCCCAGAUCCGGCCCACCAUCCACCCCGGAACCGAGCCCCGGCCCCGCGUCGCCCUGCCCGUCCAGCCCGCCGUCCGAGCCCAACACCCGGCAGGAGGACGAGGAGCCGCUCGGUGACCCGGAUGUUCCCGCCAGGCCGCGGAGUCUGCGGACCAACCCCGCAGCCAGCGUGUCCCGCAGCUGUGACGCCACCCCGCUGACCCCUGAUGAGGACGGGGGGUUCAACUUUGACCCCGAGGCGGGCCGGAGGCAGAGCGCUCCGGACAAGCUGAGUGAGGAGACCGGAGGUUCGGAGCUCAAAGUGAUGCCCAAAAGGUUCGGCAUCGCGGACUUCUUCACCAGGAGCCUGUUUUCUAGAAAACCCAAAGAGUCCAAGGCAGCGUCCCACAAUGCAACAGGAUGGCGACUGUUCAGCAAGUCAGAGACCAGAGAGGAGGAGCAGAGCGGCGAGGCGGCCAUGACGCCGCCGCAGCAGGAGGACGAGGACUCGCCGUGUCCACAGCGCCCCUCGGCUGCAGGGAGGAGGAAGAACCUGGAGUUUGAGCCUCUGUCCACCACUGCUCUGAUUCUGGAGGACCGGCCGUCGAACCUGCCGGCCAAGUCCCUGGAGGAGACGCAGAGACACAAGCUGGAAUACGAGGAGAUGGUGGCCGGAGCCAAGAGGAGAGAGAUGAAGGACGCCCAGAAGAAGAAGCGCCAGAUGAAGGAGCGAUACCGGCAGGAGGACAGCAUCUCCAGCGCCAUGGUGGUCUGGAACAACGAGAUCCUGCCGCACUGGGAUGCCAUGAAGGGGACGAGGCGGGUCCGGGACCUCUGGUGGCAGGGCCUUCCUCCUGGAGUCCGAGGACGAGUCUGGGGCCUGGCCAUCGGCAACGAGCUCAACAUCACGGCAGAACUGUAUGAGAUCUUCCUGUCCAGAGCCAAGGAGAAGUGGAGGAGCUACAGCGAGACGAGCUCGGUCAACGACAACGAGAGCGACGGAGGAGCAUCUCUGGCGGACCGGGAGUCCAGUCUGGACCUCAUCAAGCUGGACAUCUCCAGAACCUUCCCGUCUCUCUUCAUCUUCCAGAAGGGCGGGCCGUACCACGACCUGCUGCACAGCGUGCUGGGAGCCUACACCUGCUACCGACCCGACAUCGGCUACGUGAGUCCAGGCAUGUCGUUCAUCGCCGCCGUGUUGAUCCUGAACUUGGAGGAAGCCGAGGCCUUCAUCACCUUCGCCAACCUGCUCAACAAGCCGUGUCAGAUGGCGUUCUUCAGGGUGGACCACGAGCUGAUGCUGAAGUAUUUCACCGCCUUUGAGAUUUUCUUUGAGGAGAAUCUUCCUCGACUCUUCAGCCACUUCCAGACCAACAGCCUGACCCCUGACCUCUACCUGAUCGACUGGAUCUUCACGCUGUACAGUAAGUCUCUCCCGCUGGACGUGGCGUGCCGGGUCUGGGACGUGUUCUGCCGGGACGGCGAGGAGAGCCUGUUCCGGACCGGCCUGGGGAUCCUGCGCCUCUUCCAGGACGUCCUGCUGCAGAUGGACUUCAUCCACAUCGCCCAGUUCCUCACGCGCCUCCCCGACGACCUGCAGCCGCACACGCUGUUCGCCGCCAUGGCCAACACGCACAUGGUCAGCCGGAACCGCCGCUGGGCCCAGGUGUUCUCCGCCGUGAUGAAGGACGGGAACGUCAGAGAGGCGGAGAAGUCCAGCAGCCCGGCUCUCAGGAGCUAACGCUGACCUGCUGCUCCCUCCGCUGGCCGGGAGGGGAACCGCUCCAGAACCUCUCCGGUCCGGUUCCUUUCCGGUCCGGUUCCUCUCCGGUCCGGUUCCUCUCCCCUUGCUGCUCCGGGUUCCUGGAUCGGCUCUAGCAGUAUUUAUCCCAGAUGAAGGAUUCAGACGUAUCAGUAUGUGCUGCUUUCUUCCUCUGGAUCCUGAUUUCCUCUCAGCACUUUAUUCCUGCAGAACCCAGCGGAACCAACCCGACGGGCCCUCUGGUUCUGUUUGACCCGCCCUCUGGUUCUGUUUGGCCCGCCCUCUGGUUCUGUUUGACCCGCCCUCUGGUUCUGUUUGACCCGCCCUCUGGUUCUGUUUGACCCGCCCUCUGGUUCUGUUUGACCCGCCUGCUGGUCGCCUUCCAGGAGUAAAACUGUGAGCUCCUCCUGCUCCAGAGUUCAGCAGCAGCCGCUCCGUCGGGCUGGGAGGGCGGAGCCACCGGAGGUCAUGUGACUCGGCGACGAUGAAGAAGCAGAAACACCGAGGAAGAGCGAGAGAGUCAAACGGAUCCGAUUCACAAGUUCUGGUGGUUUUAAUCCCAUCAGCGGGUCAGAUGCUGAAACAUCUGAUUGUUUCCCCGUUCAUUGAAGGCAUCACCAGCAGAACGUUGAUUCUGGGUUUCCAACAUUCCCACCGAGCUGCAGAGGAGGUCCAAACACUCCUGCUGGUUCUGGUCCCGGUUCUGGUCCUGGUUCUGGUUCUGGUCCUGGUUCUGGUCCUGGUUCUGGUUCUGGUACUGGUUCUGGUCCAGGUCCCGGUUCUGGUCGGGAUCGUGGUUCCGCUCCGGUCCAUUCCUCCAUGGUUCCUUUUCGCUCUCUGAACCCAAACGUCAGUCGGGUUCAGACUCCGCGGUCCGACCCGACUCUGCAGCCUGAGGUUCUGCUGGGACAAGGUGGACCCGAUUGGACCAGCAGAACCACCGGGCCCAACUGUGAGGAACAUUUAAAUCCAAGGUGAAGUUCUGAUCCGGUUCCUGUUCACAUCUGAACCAGAUAAACCACAUCGUUCCAUGUUGACCUUUGACCUUUUCCCACCUGGUGAGCGUCAGAGGAAGAGUCCGUGUUUCCAGGAACAUGUCGGUGGUUCUGGUUCUGUUUGGAGGUAAAGAACCAGAACCUGGUUGUUCAACACUAGAAGCUUCAGGCAGGAAGUGGUUCUUUCAAAAUAAAACUCGACCAAAGAGUGAGUCGAUCCGAAUCCGGAUCGACCGCUUCGUGUCGGUUCUGGAUCCGCACUAACCCGACCAGACGGACCUUCGGUUCCGGCAGCAGAAAGUAUCAAACUGUUUCCUGAUCCUCGACGCCGUAAAUUAUUAUUAAAUUCAAACUGAAACGAUUAAAUCCAUAAAGAUUUUCCUCCAGUUGGGAAAACAACCGAUCCGGACCCAGAUUAGUUUCCCUCGGUCCUGGUCCCGGUUCUGGUCCCGGUCCUGGUUCUGGUCUCGGUUCUGGUUCUGGUCCCGGUCCUGGUUUUGGUCCUGGUUCUGGUCUCGGUUCUGGUUCUGUUCCUGGUUCUGGUCCUGGUUUUGGUCCCGGUUCUGGUUCUGGUCCCGGUCCUGGUUCUGGUCCCGGUUCUGGUCCCGGUUCUGGUUCUGGUCUCGGUUCUGGUCCUGGUUCUGGUCCUGGUUUGGUCCCGGUUCUGGUUCUGGUCUCGGUUCUGGUUCUGGUCCCGGUCCUGGUUCUGGUCCCGGUUCUGGUCCCGGUUCUGGUUCUGGUCUCGGUUCUGGUCCUGGUUCUGGUCCUGUUUUGGUCCCGGUUCUGGUUCUGGUCUCGGUUCUGGUUCUGGUCUCGGUUCUGGUUCUGGUCCCGGUUCUGGUUCUGGUCUCUGCUUGUUUCCACUAACUGGAUCCACUUUGUGUCCUAGUCAAACUAAACUUAUUCCAUCAACAUGUUUAUUAUUUAUCAGCUGUUUUAUGUUAUUGUUGUUGAGCUGUUUUCCCAUAAUGCCUUACAGUUGAUGUAAAUAAACUGUAAAAAGGUUUUUUCAUAAGGCGCCUCUCGUCUGAUGUGUAAAUAAAUAUCUAAGCAAUCUGA